CUCCAUCUUGGGCCCCUCGUCUUCCCAGCUUGUCGCUGCUUUGAACGCCGCAAACAAUCCGUCAAGUUUUUCAUCAUGGCUGAUCCCGACAUAAAACCAGAGCCUCGUAUCCGAUAUGCGGAUGACAUCGACAUAGAACGGGCCGGCAGGCAAAACGCGGCUGGUCUCCAGCGCAGCAGGUCGCGAGACUCCUCUCGUUCAAGCCUGUCGCGCUCUCGCAGCCUCGUCGACCCUGCCGUCGCACUUCCAAUCCAGUACCGCACAAUGUUCGUGUGCCUUUUUGAACUUUCCAGGUCGGCGCUGUGAUUUUCUGACCCCGUCUCAAAAGCUCUUUCAACGUUGCCGACUCCCAAGAGCGUGUUCCCGACCGCGAGACCAAGGCAAAGAAUGUGACAACCGAUAUUGCCAACCUCGAGUGGCAUCUGCUUCCGGUAGACGAUGUCCUUGAGCGCCUUUCCGUGUCCCCUAGCCAGGGCCUGUCCAGUGACCAGGUAGCCAGAAAGAUAAAAGAGGUUGGCCGUAACGUGUUAACUCCACCGCCCUCUCGUUGGUUUCGCAAGACGAUCGGCUAUCUCUAUGGCGGGUUUGGCUCGGUCCUCUUUGUUGCCUCCAUACUGGUCUUCAUCGCUUGGAAGCCCCUCGGUGACCCCCCAGCCGUCGCAAACUUGGCUCUCGCUAUCGUCCUUGCUAUUGUGUGGCUAAUACAAGCCACUUUUGCCUUCUAUCAAGAUUGGUCGAGCUCUCGUGUCAUGUCGUCGAUCAAGAAUCUCAUGCCAGAUAAUUGCGUCGUCCUUCGUGAUGGAAGCCGAAGAGAGGUCCCUGCCGCAGAGCUAGUCCCGGGUGACUUGCUGUUCAUCCGUCUAGGUGACAAGUUGCCUGCAGAUGUUCGGUUCAUCGAAGCUUCGCCGGAUGCAAAGUUCGAUCGGUCAAUUCUCACUGGCGAAGCGGAGCCGUUGCGCGGCGUGGUCGACUCGGCUGAAAAGAACUACAUGGAAACACCUUGUAUUGGCAUGGCAGGCACCCACUGUGUGUCUGGAAGCGCAAUGGGCGUUGUAGUGUCUACAGGAGACCGUUCCAUCUUUGGACAGCUUGCGAAGCUUACGAGCACACCUGACACUGGUCUCACACUAUUGGAGAAAGAGAUCUACUACUUUGUGGCGACCAUCGUUGCCAUCAUGCUUACCAUGGUCGUCGUUGUCAUUAUUGUUUGGGCAGCUUGGCUUCGCAAAGAUCAUCCCGAUUGGAUCUCAGUCUCUCUUUUGAUCGUCGACUGUGUAUCGGUAGCCGUUGCGUUCAUUCCUGAGGGGCUCCCUAUUGCCGUGACAGCCAGUCUCACCAUCACUGCCGCGGUCAUGAAGAAAAACAACAUCCUUUGCAAGUCACUCAAGACGGUAGAGACUCUUGGAUCGGUCAGCACAAUAUGCUCUGACAAGACGGGAACGCUCACCAAAAACAUGAUGACGGUCAGCGACUGCAUGGUUGCCCGAGAGGAGAUGCCGGCCAAUACUGCGGCUGGCAUUGUCCAUCUAAGCCAGAGAAACGAAAGGCCAGAGCCUUUGUCAAAGGCUCUGAGAGAUCUUGCCGAGAUUGCCGCCGUAUGCAAUGCUGGCGACUUUGAUGUGACCACGAACCACCUGCCUAUAGAUCAGCGCAAGGUGAUGGGCGACGCCACCGAUUCAGCAAUCUUACGCUUUGCCGAGUCCAUCAUACCGGUUUCGAGCACGCGAGAAAAGUGGAAGCGCAUCUACCGCGUCGCGUUCAACUCGAAAAACAAGUUCAUGAUCCAGGUCGUCGGUCUCUCGGACAGCUGCAAGGAGUUCAACCACACGUCAGAUUCCAAGCCCAUCCUCACAAUCAAGGGCGCACCGGACAUCCUCCUCCCGCGAUGUCUGUUCUACGUGGACGGCAACGGGGAGACCCAGGCGCUUUCCCAAGAGCAGAGAACGUACGUCGAGAACGUCAAGAACAAAUGGUCAGCGCAAGGCAAGCGCGUUAUUCUGCUGGCGCGCAAAGCCCUCUCUUCCAAGCACAUGCUGCUGGGCAUCCAGACGGAGGAGUUUGAGAACACGAUCAUGGACGAGUCGAAGAGUCAGCUUGAAUUCGUAGGCAUCGUCGGCAUCGUCGACCCACCCAAGGACGAGAUCCCGGACGUGAUCCGAACCUUGCGCGGCGCGGGGAUCAAGGUGCACAUGGUCACGGGCGACUUCAAGCUCACGGCGCAGGCCAUCGCGGCGGAAUGCGGGAUCAUAACAGUGCCGCAGGACUGUGUCGAGUCGGCGAGCGACCUGUCCGUCAUCGCGGUCUCGGAUGUGAUCCCGUCCACGCCGACGACGCGCGCCAUCGCCGUCAGCGGCGAGGAGCUCAAGAGCCUUGACGAGUCGCAGUGGGAUAGGCUCUGCGCGUACGACGAGAUCGUGUUUGCCAGAACGACGCCGGAGCAGAAGCUGCGGAUCGUCAAGGAGCUGCAGUCUCGCGGCGAGAUUGUCGGCAUGACCGGCGACGGAGUCAACGACGCGCCUUCUCUGAAGACGGCGGACAUCGGCAUCGCGGUCGGCUCCGGCUCCGACAUCGCCGUCGAGGCGGCCGACAUGGUCCUUCUCGACUCCUUCUCCGCCAUCGUAGAGGCGGUCAAGUACGGCCGCGUGGUGUUCGACAACCUGAAGAAGACGAUCUGCUACCUGCUGCCCGCCGGCUCGUUCUCGGAGUUCUGGCCCGUCAUGACCAACGUCGUCUUCGGACUUCCGCAGAUCCUGUCCUCCUUCUUGAUGAUCAUCAUCUGCUGCUUCACCGACUGCGCCGCCGCGACCGCGAUCGCGUACGAGAAGCCCGAGGCGGACGUGCUGAGACUGAGACCGAGGAAUCCGAAGAAGGACCACCUCGUCGACUGGAAGCUGAUCCUGCAGGCCUACGGAAUCACAGGUGUCUUGCAGACGACCCUUUCGUUCGCAAUGUCCUACUGGUACGCCCAACGGAAGGGCCUACCCUUUAGCGUCUUGUGGUUCGGCUUCGGCGCGUCGCCGGCCAACAUGUCGGCUGACACGAUGAACCAGAUCCUAAACACUGCCUCCUCCAUUUACUUCGUGAACUUGGUUGUCAUGCAAUGGUUCAAUCUUAUGGCGGUCCGGACACGCAGGCUUUCGCUCCUGCAGCAUCCGCCACUGUUUCGCAAGGAAACUAGGAACCUGUACCUCUUCCCGGCCGUCUUUUUCUCUUUUUUGAUCGCCAUCUUCUUCCUCUACGUUUCAAUCUUCCACGAGAAACUCGGGACUUCGCAGGUCCCUGCUGAACACUGGUUUAUUCCCAUGGGAUUCGGUGUUGGGAUCUUGCUCAUCGACGAGGCCAGGAAGUGGGCUGUGAGAAGGUAUCCAAAUGGUCCUGUAGCUAAGAUUGCUUGGUAACAAAGGCAUGAGCCUGGUAGAGAGAGAGAAAUACCAGGGCUUCUGCUACGCGAUUAGAAUAGAGUACAAGAAUCAGAUCAGACCAGACAAGAUCAAUAAAAGAAGAGACAG